AUGGAAAAGGAGAAGUUUUUAGGCAAUGAAGGAAAUGGAAUCCCCCAAGGCUGGAAUUCCAUCUUUGGAAUGGGAAUUCAAGAAAGUGAGCUGAAUUGUAGCUCAAAGCAGCUUCCUAAUUGCUUCUUUAACCUCAAUUGUGAGAAUUCAUUGGACCAGAGAGAUAUCUUUGAGGUAUCAAGAGAUUAUAUUAGUGAGAGGAUGAAGUUCCUUCAAGAUCUUGUUCCUGGUUGUAACAAGGUCACAGGAAAAGUUGUAAUGCUUGAUGAGAUUAUAAACUACGUACAGUCCUUACAGAGACAAGUUGAGUUUGUCUCAAUGAAAUUAGCAACUAUUAAAAGGGUUUUUACAUGA